CCAUCAUAACGUCUUUUGUUUUUUAUACUCAGUCACUCGUUCUGCGUUUCUUCACUUUUCCCUAUCGUCAUUCCCUCUGUUUGGAGAAAGAGAAAAUGAAAACAGAGAGAGAUUUCCAUCCAAGUUUCGAGUUAUCUCACCCAUUCCUAGAGCCGGCCGACAAUCCCCAGGAUGCAGACUUCAACCCCCUGUUUGCCGACGGCACUCUCCAGGCUCUAAUCAGUUUACCCUCUGAUCUCUCCCCUGUUGUUUCCUCUUGCAACUUCAAUUUCUCCACCCAUGAUUUUCCUUCACUUAACCCAAAACAACCGGAACUCGUUCUUGACUCAUUCCAGCCACCACUUCCUCUCACUUAUCCCAAAUUUGAAGAUUGUCUUGUCGAUUCAACUCAGUCACUCGACUUCUUUUCCAAGCCUUUACCCGGCCUCUGCUCACUCGAGAAAACCCAACCCCGACUCGCUGCUUCUUCAAAGCGUGCUCGGUUGGACUCAUCUAUGGGUAACAAUACACAUACCCUGCAGUCUGCAGUACAAGGGUUCAACUCAACUCAGAUGGUUCCGCAAAGCGAUCUGGCAAAGCAGAGGAGGCAGAAGGUGAGCGAGAAGAUGCGGAGUCUGCAGAAGCUGAUGCCAUGGGACAAGAAGAUGGACAAUUCCACAAUGCUCGAGGAAGCCUACAAGUAUGUCCGAUUGUUGCAGGCACAAAUUGCCUGUCUCCAAGCCAUGCCCGUUUCUUCCAGCUUUGCUCAAAACCAGUACUCUAAUGCCGGGUUCGAUUUGGGUGGACUGAGGAGGUUGAACCGGCAGCAGAUGUUGGAAGUUCUGUUGAACUCUCCGGCAGCCCAAACCAUCCUGUGUUCGCAAGGACUUUGCGUUUUCUCUUAUGAGCAGCUGGUUUUGCUUAAGAAAACUGCGGGUGUCAGGAAGGCUAUUGUUCAUCCUACAGGGGUAUUGGGAGCACGUGUAGGGUAUCACAGCUGAAGAAUUUCUCUUUCAUGUUGCAGCAGAGGUGAGUAUGGAUGAUGAAGGACAUAACAUAUAUAAUAUAACCACAAUAAUCAAAAAUACACAAAUUGCAGGAAACUUGAUGGUUUUUUUGGUCUGAUUUUAGUUUUAAACAGAGGAAAGUUAUUUUCCCAAAUCGAAAUGUUGAAGAUACUAUCCUGAUUUUUGAUAUUAUAUAUAGUUGGUGGAAUUUGGAUGAUUUGAUUUCUUCUUAGUUUGGAAUAGUUUCAUUUCAUGGGUAUUCAUCAACAUUGUUGAGUAUGGUUCGAAAUAGUAUCUGGGGUUUCUUCACUUUGAUCUUUACUUUUAUGGAUGAACAAUUUAGUUUCACAGAAAAAGAAAAAGUAGUUGUGGAGACAGGGUCUGUGACACUGAGUUGAUGGAGUACCCAGAUGUGUCCCUUUAUGCAUCAUCAACUGCAGAUUCUUGUUUGUUUUGAUAUAAUGGGGCGAAAGUGACAUCGGAACAUUUCAUUGAGCUAAUCUCAUAUCAUGUGGUUUAGUGACUCCCUUUGUGUAGUAGUGGUACUACUAGUUUUAAAUUUGAUAAUAAAUGCAUAACAAAGGA